AGCCAAGCUUCCGACGUGGUGAUUGUCUCUUCUAAGUACAAACAGCGGUAUGAGUGCCGCCUGCCCGCUGGAGCUAUUCACUUCCAGCGUGAAAGAGAGGAGGAGACACCGGCUUAUCAAGGGCCUGGGAUUCCUGAGUUGUUGAGCCCAAUGAGAGAUGCUCCCUGCCUGCUGAAGACCAAAGACUGGUGGACGUAUGAAUUCUGCUAUGGACGCCACAUCCAGCAGUACCACAUGGAAGACUCAGAGAUCAAAGGCGAAGUCCUCUAUCUCGGCUACUACCAAUCAGCCUUCAACUGGGAUGACGAAACAGCCAAGGUGGCGAGAGCCUCCAAGCAGCAUCGCCUGAAACGCUACCAUAGCCAGACCUAUGGCAAUGGGUCCAAGUGUGACCUCAACGGAAGGCCCCGGGAGGCUGAGGUUCGGUUCCUCUGUGAUGAGGGUGCUGGUAUUUCUGGGGACUACAUCGAUCGCGUCGAUGAGCCCUGGUCCUGCUCUUACGUGCUGACCAUUCGGACUCCCCGGCUGUGCCCCCACCCUCUGCUCCGGCCCCCACCCAGCGCUGCUCCUCAGGCCAUUCUCUGUCACCCCUCCUUGCAGCCCGAGGAGUACAGGGCUUACAUUGAGAGGCAAGCUGUAGGAUCACAGCAGUAUGGAGACAAAGUCACGGAGGAGCUGCCAGACCUGGAGUCCCAAACAUGGGGUGAGACCAAGUCUGGGGUGGCGCCACCAAAGAGGGCAGGUGCAAGCCCAGCCAAAGAUGAGAGUAAAGAAUCGGAUUUCUGGAAGAUGCUUCAUGAGCCAGAGGACCAGGCCCCAGGAGGGGAAGAGGCACGGGCUGAGGAGCAGGAGCCAAACCUUGAGGCAGCAGAUCCAGCUCCAGGCUCUCCCGAUGAUUUCCAGAACAACGUGCAGGUCAAAGUCAUCCGGAGUCCUGCAGACUUGAUUCACUUGAUUCGAUUGAUCGAGGAGCUGAAAGGUGGAACCAAAAAGGGGAAGCCAAACACAGGCCAAGAGCAGCCUGCAGAUGAUGGCGCAGAAGCCCCUCAAAGAGAACCAGAGGUGAAAGAAAAGGAUGAGGCCGAACAUCAGGUGGAGGUUGAAGAAGAGGAGGAUGAUGAAGAUGAGGAUGAAGACGAAGACGAGGAUGAACGACAGUUACUGGGAGAGUUUGAGAAGGAACUGGAAGGGAUCCUGCUCCCGUCAGACCGAGACCGGCUACGUUCGGAGGUGAAGGCUGGCAUGGAACGGGAACUGGAGAACAUCAUCCAAGAGACAGAGAAGGAGCUGGACCCUGAAGGGCUGAAGAAGGAGUCGGAGCGUGACCGAGCAAUGUUGGCUCUGACGUCUACCCUCAACAAACUCAUCAAAAGGCUGGAGGAAAAACAGAGUCCAGAACUGGUGAAGAGGCACAAGAAAAGGAGGGCUGUGCCCAGAAAGCCUCCCCCAUCACCCCAGCCUACAGAGGAGGAUCCUGAGCACAGAGUCCGGGUCCGGGUCACCAAGCUCCGUCACGGAGGCCCCAAUCAGGAUCUGACUGUCCUCGAGAUGAAACGGGAAAACCCACAGCUGAGACAAAUCGAGGGGCUGGUGAAGGAACUGCUGGAGAGGGAGGGACUCACAGCCGAAGGGAAAAUUGAGAUCAAGAUUGUCAGACCAGGGGCUGAAGGGGCAGAAGAGGAUGCACGUUGGCUGACUGAUGAGGACACGAAAAACCUCAAGGAGAUAUUUUUUAAUAUCUUGGUGCAGGGAGCUGAAGAAGCCCAGAAGGAGCGCCAACGGCAGAAAGAGCUGGAGAGCAAUUAUCGGCGAGUGUGGGGCUCUCAGGGCGGUGAGGGCACAGGGGACCUGGACGAGUUUGACUUCUGAGACCACCACUGCCAUUGGCCCUCCAAGGAGUCCAGAGUCUUCUGCAGUUGACGUGCUGACAUGCUCCUCCCCACCUCUGCAGCCCAGGGGCCCCUGAAGGCAACAGCAGGGUCGAGCUGAGCUGUGGACUCGGUGGCCCCAGCCCUGGGGUGGAGGGCUGUGAGCGAGUGCUGCCGCCCUCCCACCUCAGCAGUCCUGGGAGAUCUCUCCCCCGCUCCCCUAGGUCCCUGGCUUUCCCCGAGAGCAUCCCCUAGCUUGUGGGUCCUCCCGCCUCCCUCCCCCCUCCCUAGAGAUGUGAACAGUGGAGUAGGGUCGGGAGCCCAUGAAGAGUAGGGCAGUUUAGCAGGCCUAAGAAAGCAGACCCCCCUACACACCCUUAUUGUUGUUUGGGCCACUUUACCCCUUCCCUUGGAAUCUUGGGGUUUCCUGCUUUCCCCUGUCCACACUGUCCCCGAAUCUGUGAGCAGGAGCUUCCCCUUUGUUGCUGAGGAAAAGAAGAACAUUGCCCAUCACCUCUAACACAGUCCCAGUGGAAAGGGUGGGUACAGAACCCCCACCAUGUUCUGAAACAAUCAGGUUUCUAAAUAAAAAACUGGACCGUCAA